AUGGUUAGAUUCGUCAACAAUUUAUCAUGGGCAUUUCACGUAAAUGGCUCAACUCUUUCAGGAGCACUUGACGUUGUAGUCAUUGAGCAUGAAGACGGAACUCUCCAUGGUACACCCUUUCAUGUGAUUUUUGGCAAAUUCAAAGUCUUAAAAAGCAGGGCCAAAACAGUAGAAAUCAGGGUCAAUGGACGCUUAACUGAUGUCCAAAUGAAACUUAAUGACCAAGGUAAAGCGUAUUUCGAAGACUUAGCUUCAAACGAAACCCAAGGAGAAAAAAGGGCAUCAGCGAAAAAUCUAUGAGCAAAGGAAAGUUUUCAUGAUGCAAAUGUCCAUCGUGCAAAAACCUCAGCAAAAGUUAUGCCUGUUGACAGCAAAGCAAGCUUUGACAUUGAAAAUGAAAUUGAAAAAAGAAUUGAAUUAGCUUUAUGCAGGGACGAAUUUCUGCCUAGUAAAGACCCUGAAAAGGUGUUUUAUGAAAACAAAAUUUCUUUCAGAAAUUUUGAAAAGAAUUUGUAUAUUUUUUAUGUAAAAUGUCUGUAUUUUCUUAAUAGAUAUGUCUAUUUAGAGGUUUCUAUUUUUAAUUUUAAUUAUUAUUUUCUGUUCUUUAUAAAAUUUUGAUCCUAUAGUCUAUAAAAUAUAACCAAAUCAUUUAAAUGAGUAUAUCAAUAAUGUCUGCAUUAUAUAAAAAUCAAUACGAAUUCUUAAGCAAUGAACAACUGAUUUUAAAAAUUGAUGGGGAAUUCCACAUAAGAGAAACAGGGAUCCCAUUAUUAUAUUCAAUAAUUUCAUCAUGCGACAUUGAAGAUAAUUUCGAACGUCUGUCUGCCCCUAAAGCUGGGAAAUAUACUAAGCCUGGGAAAACUUAUAUACUAGACUCUGAAAGACUUCAUCAGCUUGGCCUACGAUACGGUGCCAAUGAUAUUGAAUACUCUGUUUCCAGCAUGCUCCAAGGUAAGCGCACCUUAACCUGCAAGGUGUAUCUAUGGCCUCAUACAAGUAAAAUAAUAGUCUCAGAUAUCGAUGGUACAAUAACAAAAUCUGACUUCCUAGGCAUUGUUUUGCCUACUAUAGGGAUAGACUGAACUCGUCCAGGCGUUGUCGAUCUUUACCGUACUCUAUCAGAAAAAGGGUAUAAAAUUGUUUAUUUGUCUUCCCGGGCUAUCGGGCAAGUAAAAUCUACUAGAAAAUUGCUAGCUUCAAUAAAGCAAAAUCAUCAACUUUUACCUGAAGGUCCAGUCAUUGUGUCUCCUGAUGCCGUUUUUACUUCACUAGUAAGAGAAAUAAUCAAGCAUGCUCCUCAUAUUUUCAAGAUAAACGCACUUAAGCAAAUCCGUGAGCUUUACCCUACUGAUACACAGCCAUUUUAUGCAGGAUUUGGGAACAAAGAGACUGAUUCUAUGGCCUAUCGCCAAAGCAUGAUACCAAUAGAAAAUAUUUUUAUUUUCAAUGAUAAUGGGAUUGUUAGUCCAGAUAAAGGAGUCUCGGUGAGGUGGUUUCAGGAGGUUAGUCAUUAUAUAUCAGCUGCAUAA